UCCUCCUUGGGCGCCAUUUUGUAGCGCAGAGAACCCGCAAAUAAAGAGCGGGCGGGAGCGGCGUGGGAGGGAGCCCGGGUAGGGGUACGCGGCAGCGACCCCGGCUCCGGAGCGGCGAUCACUGUAGAGCCGGUUGCGGGCGCAGAGGUGGCGACGGGUGCGAGCAGUGGCAGCGUUUCGCCCUCGAUGUGACGGGUGCGGCCCAGGCAACCAGAGUGGUGGGAGCGUGAGGCCUCCGCACCGCGGGCGGGAGAGUUCACAAUGACGAAUGAAGAACCUCUCCCAAAGAAGGUUCGCCUUAGCGAAGCAGAUUUUAAGGUUUUACCUAGAGACGAACUCAUCUUAAGGUGGAAGCAGUAUGAAGCAUAUGUGCAAGCUCUGGAGGGCAAAUACACAGACCUUAAUUCUAAUGAUGUGACGGGAUUGAGAGAAUCUGAAGAGAAGUUGAAACAGCAACAGCAAGAGUCUGCCCGAAGAGAAAAUAUUCUGGUGAUGAGGCUGGCAACUAAGGAACAGGAGAUGCAAGAGUGUACUAAUCAGAUUCAGUACCUCAAGCAAGUCCAGCAGCCUAGUGUUGCCCAACUGCGAUCAACAAUGGUGGACCCAGCCAUCAACUUGUUUUUCCUAAAAAUGAAAGGUGAACUGGAACAGACUAAAGACAAACUGGAACAAGCCCAAAAUGAACUGAGUGCCUGGAAAUUUACGCCUGAUAGAGGCCUGACGGCGUCGGACUAUUCUGAAGAAAUGGCCAUCUUCGAAAAAAAAUCUUUUCUAGAACAUGUAGACAUUUGCAAAAUUGUUCUAUUUGAAGAAAAUAGAGGGAGAAACAGAAGUCUUAAGUCUGUGGCACACUGUGUCUACAGACAGUUUGGAGCAGAGAGAACCUAGAGAUUAUAAAUCAUGAAUUGAACAUGUAAAAUUCCCGUAAAUCUAGAAGUGGAAUAUGCUUCACAUUUAACCUUGAGCCUAGUGACUUAGAGACACUGUAAGUCAGUUUUGCCAAUAAGACUGUGGACUUCCUGCUUGUUCACUGAACUGCUGGGUCAAAACUCGAGGGGAAUUUUGCAUUAAAGAGUUUACUUGCUAACCAGUUUCGAAUAGCCAUGAGAGUGCUAUUUGAUAUUGCAACAGCAGUAGCGUAUACAUUUGACUGUUUAUUUAGCCUUUGGGCUCUCUAGCACUUGGUGGAGCCUUAAGUCAAUGUUGCUAAAUAAUGAACUGUUUUCUGGAUGGUUGGUAAUACCGUGGAUGCCUCAAAAUUAGGACUGUACAAAAAUGUACAUUCUAUCCAAUUGCAGGUUUAAAAUUGUUGGAAGCGAUAUAUAUUUGAUCACAACUAGCAUGUAUAAGAAAAACUGGUUGUGAUGAUUAUUCACUGCAUGUUUUCAUGCAGAAAUGAGAAUUUUUCUAUCUUCUAUGCUAAGAACUGAUCUCAGAUGCUCAAUACAGAAGGCACACAACGACAACUGUCUUCAGUGUUGGUGGGGUGUUUUUAUUCCUUUGUACACCUGUUUUUUUUGUAUUGCACUUCUAUAUACAAUGUGCCUUGAAAUAGUUGUAAUAUAUAGUUCAAGGAACACUACUGGUUAUACUGUUGUAUUGUAAAAUUCUUGGGAUGAACGAGAAUUGAACAGGUUGUUACUUCUGCAUUGUCUCGUUCUCUGAAAAAAAGUAUUUUAACAAACAAACAAAACCCUUCAAUGCAUGCAUUUUCCGUGAUUGAAUCAGUGAAGGAGCCUUUGCUCUAUCUUGUUGAUGCCUCUGUUCUGUUGUCCCAAGUUACUUGUAAUAGUAGCAGUCUGGGACAUUUGGGAGUGCAUGUCUGAGGUGUGUAAAGUGAAAUGCACAUUUGGUAUAGCAUUUGUGUGUUUAGGUUUUUUUUGCUUAGAGAAUUGAGUUUUUAGUAAUCUGAGGAUUUAAUUUUCAAAACAGUUGGGGAACAUUUUAUAAUUCAGUCUGAUCCUAGAAAAUUUUUAAUUGAAGACAUCCAGCUGUCACAGAAGGUGAUGUAUUCUAACUGUUUUGAUGACUUCUAUGAAGUUGGCAUUACUUAUUUUUAACUUGGAAGUAUCUUAACUGUUUGUGCUUCAGAUGAUUAAUAUGAGAUUUAAGAGUAGUGUACUGUUAUGCAGACUUUUUUGCAUGAGUAAUGACUUAACAGCAAAAGAAAAACCUACAGAGAAACAUUACUUUUUUUAAAACUGGCACGUCUGGAAUGAUUUUGCUAUAGCGGUAUCUAAGAUUUUAAUGAUUUAGCAUCAAAACAGAGGUAAGAGUUGCGUUAAUAAAUUGUUAACGUGUUACGAAGCCAUUUGUAAAGCUCACCAUAACAGAGGUGUGCCGUGCAGGCUGGUUGUUAACUUGAUUUAAUAAGUUUAGAUAUAGGUUGGUUGUUUCCUGAAGUCCUCAGGCUCUAAAUGUGUGUGUACAACUCAGGAGAGAUGAGUAACUUUCAAGCAAAGGUACUGAAAUAAAAUUUUGGUAUUUCUGUAGCUACAAUGUACCCUAAUAUGCAUCAUAUAAUUAUAAGCCAGUGGUGUGAAUUUGCGUAAUUCAUACACGCAGCAGCUGGAAUAUAGAAAAUGAGUUAUUUCCUGGUAAACGAUUGAGGCUGUCUUAAUCCCAUUAAGGUUUUACUGAUUUUUAUUUCUGGAAAGGUAAACAAAUGAUGACUCAUGUAAAGUAUUUAUAGUUUUUUUUUCAUUUGCUUUGCAUCCCACUCUCCAAUUGUUUUAAUUGUCCAUCUUUGUAUGCAACUAUUCUUACUUCAUGGCAUCUGGCCUAGUUUUUGAGAUGAUACUCCUAUUCAGACCCCUAACUGGUGUUCUUAGGGUAACACGUUAACUGCAGCCCUAAGUGAUGUUAGCUCUGGGCCUUAACCAUAGAUAAGAGUGUACAGCACAAUCAUUACUGGUGUCUGGAGGGAGAAAUAAAAGGACAUGGAAUCAAAGGAAUGGCUGUGCUCAGCCAUUUCAACCAUCAUUAAACAUGGAGUAUGCACUGGGAUUAAAAUUUAAAUAAGGAAUUCAUUUGGAAUAAGCCUAGUACAACAAACACUAGUCAUUCUGAAAUUUAACCUUUUAUGUUCUUGCAGGUUUUGUUGCAUGUAUGUUCAAGAGGAUUUGUGAAAAAAAUGCCAAAUGUGGUUUUACAGCCAGUAUGAGUUAUUUUAAUAGCUAUUGAUUUUUAUAUUCUUGCAUGUGCUGUCUUUUUUUUGUAAAGUACAAGGGGAAGUUACUUGGUGCCAUACUAGUUAAGAACAUCUGGAAAAAUUUUGAUGGUAAGAAAUAGCAUUAUAGGUAACUAUGCAAAUUUCUAUACAGGUAAUAAAUAUUUUACAUUUUGGCAGGAGUUAAUGCGAAGAAAUUAAUGGGAUUCUAAAAUUGUCCCAAUUCCAAGGUAACUGGUACUUGCGAAUUCUACAGUUGACGUUGCUUUGUGAAGAGAAGAGCGUUUAAUGACUUAAGCACUGUGAACUUCUUCAACUUGUAGUGAUGAUGAAUACAGUAACAGGAAUUUGCAAAUGGCUAAAACUCCUUGCAUGUCUGCCUAAUAUCUUUUGGGAUAUGUCACAUUGGUUAUCUCCAAAGCAGUCCUGCUUUACACAGAGUGAACAUCUCUAAGGAAACUUGCAUCUUAAGUGUGUGGCUUGGACUGUAUUAUAAAGUCAACACAAUUUAAACUUCAAGGACCUGGCAUUGGACAUCACAUCAAGAAAGAAAACGGGUUGCUGCCCUUAGCAGAGUUUCAGGCUUCCAGGACUUUACACAGCCAGAUUCCUUCUGGAGCAGCCCAUCUGAAAGAUUUGGGAGAGUCAGUCGGAAAAUGUUAAAUGGGGCAGUGUUGGCAAAACUUAAAAGUUGUCUAAGACUUGAAUGCUUAACAGGUAGCUGAUAAGGAAAUUUAUUAUUUAAAAUUCUUUUGGUUGGGUAUUUUGGUUGCUGGAGAGAACCGUGGCUCUGAAUUGUAGCAGAAAUUUCCUAUUCUACUUUUUUAAUCAUCAAAAUUUCUUUCAGUCUUGUCACUUGUUUAAAAGCAAGCAAACAAAAAAAUUAAAUGACCUUCUUGGUCUUGAAAAGUAGUGCAACUCCUGCCAUUGAAUUCACAAUAAAUCUGUUCACGCUUGGGUUGGGGAUUUUUUUGGGUUUGGUUUUCUUUUUUUUGGCAGAGCUUAUACUCUUGUAGAACAGAGGACAGCUUCAUUAUGUUGCUGAGCCUGUAAAAGGAGAACUGUUUGUGGUUGCUAUCCUGACUUUGGCAGACCAAGAGUCUUAAAGGACAUUAAUUCUUUUUUAUAAAUUCAGAUGUAUUGCCUAUAUAUUAAUUUGCAUACUACUUCCUAUAAUGCUUUACAUUGCAAUUUUUAUAAUGAAGAUUAAAGAUGUGUGAUGUUACCCACUUAGUAAAGAAAAUCUUGUCAAGUCAAAGUACUUUUUUUCCUGACUGUUUCCCAUUAUUUUCAGAAAUUGGACAUCUUAAGGAUCACUACUUAUGAACUGAAGUCUGUCAUUCUCAAGGAAGUAGAUUAAUAAUAUGCUCCUUCCUUAAUUUCCUGCCCCUUUUUAGCUACAUUUUACUUUCUACUCACCAUGCAAGAUGUGCUUAGGAAAAGCUGACCUUAGAAAUAAUAAAACAGAUUGUGUUCUUUAUUGUCAAAUACAUAAAUUGUGAUGAAAAAUAGACACCUAAUUUUUUAAAUGACUAUCUGGAUAACAUUCAAAUGAAUUCCUGAGCCUCUUAAAGAAAAAUAGUUGUCACUGAAAAAUUAACGUGGGAUUUAAUAUUUUUCCACAAGCAACUUCCUUUUCUUGACCCAAACUUAAUUAUUUUUCUGUUAUAAAAAACAAAGAAGGUUGUUGUUUAUAGUUUAGUUACACGUGUCAUUUUUCACUCAGUGAACUUUUUAAUUAAAAGGCACAUCUUUAAUCAAAUAUUUAACUCCAUUGAGGAUGAGCACAUGCAGGAUUGUGCAUACUGAUAAUCCAGAUGUUGGUAUCCAAAAAAAGAACAAUAUGCUUAUUCGUAUUUGCAGUAUUAAAACUUGCCUUCCACUUUAUGGGACAGCGACAGAAGAUCAACUGGCAUUGGAGCAGCACGUGGUAACUAUAGGGAGACUUUCUGCUAUGACAAUUAUGUUGAGGCAUAAUGUUCCUUGAAUUGUGACAUGCAGAAAUUGCAUCUCCUUUUUGUUUGUAAUUGUGAUUGAGGAAGUUUACUGAAGGUUUUAUAUUCAUUUUGUGAUAGAUGGCUCUUUCCUUUGCAGCCAAACAGGCAAAAAGUUAAUGGCGAAGUGUCGAAUGCUUAUCCAGGAGAAUCAAGAGCUUGGAAGGCAGCUGUCCCAAGGACGUAUUGCAC